AUGGCGAAUCCCCAAGUCCUUCUUGCCGAUCUGAAUGCAGGACGGUGCUCGAACGUCGCGGAGGUUCGCUUACUCCGAUACUGGGAGGCGAGAAAUGUGAGAAAAGGUGGUGAAUUGAUGAGUGUUGACAUGCUCUUUGUCGAUGAGAAUUCAACGCUUACGCAAGGAUCUGUUAGUGCGAACCGUCAGCUUAGGUUCAGGAAACGUCUCAGCGAGGGCUCUCUGUACACGUUAACCGGAUUUGACGUCACACGCAGCAACACUAAUUUCCGUUUGUGUGAUGCUCCUUUCUCGAUUCGGUUCAAUGAAGGAACCUCUCUUGAGAAGAUAACGGCGUCUGCUAGGCCCAUACCUACGGAGCUUUUCCGAUUCAUGCCAUAUGGUCGGUUACUUGAGCUCGCAAACACUGGGAAACAACUUCCUGACAUAAUUGGUGAAUUGAGUGCGAUCAGAAGCACAAUCACGGACCGUAUAGCAGGUGCACAGCGUGUGAUGCUCACUCUGCGUCUUGAAAGUGGUGAGAACGUUUGUGUGAGUAUGUUUGACUCAUUGGCGCUUGCGUUUCACACCAAAUUUGACAGCUAUGGGAGAGAGCCGAAAGUCAUAAUUGCUACGGGCGUGAAUCCUAAGAUAGUUGGGGGUCGUUUAUUUUUGAAUGCUACUUCCUCCACACAUCUCUACUUUGACUCUGAGACAGCUGCUGGAAAAAAACUGUUUGACACGUACGUCUCAUGA